AUGUCUUAUAGCAUAUACUAUUUCAUUGUAUCAGUGGUUUGUACAACACCAUCCGUUGUUUUUGUAUGCUACAAAAAGAAGGAUAAAUCAAAUAAAAUGAGAAAAAACAAAUCAACAAAAGAUAUCGAAAAAACUGAAAGUGCAAUCAUAUUUAGCAGUACUCAAAGCUCAUGCAAGAAACCAGAGGAAUGCAAAGAAAUGAUGCUUGACAAAACUCAGGAAAUAACUGUGAAUUUCUAUAAAUUUCAACAAUUAAAUGAAUUAUUGUCGAUAAAAAGUACUCAAACGGAAAAAGGAAGUAGUGCGCGAAGUAAUAAUACCUAUCAAAUGGUCGUAACGCAAAGUACGCAAGAUGAUUCAGUGUUAGCUCGAGGACGUGGAACAAGUAUUUAUGAAAAAAUGACCAAAGAACAAAUGCUACAAGCUGGAAAGAAACAAUUUAAUAAACUCAAUUCUGAUACAAAACGAAAAAGUACACGUUUGGGAAAGCCUGCACGAAGUGUAAUUCUAUCAAGAAGAUUAGUGAAAUUUUGA